GAAAUAUCCGAAAAUAAAGUAAAGAGAGGCUUUUGGUGUUAGCUUGGGUCCUCGGAAGCAUGGUUUGUGUGAGUACAGUGAAGAGCUUGAACGUAUUACCCCUUGCCUCGUGGCGGCCCUCCACACGUGUGUGUGGUGGAAGCGGUGGCACGGUGACGAUGGAGGGGCAAAAACGUCCUUCCCCCAAAACCCGUAGGAAAUCGUCGUACGGAACUUCUAGAAAGUCUAUUCUGAAGAAAUCCUUCAGUCAAGAACAAGUCACUUUCACCGCUCCUAUCUCCGACGACCCCCUCGUUGCCGUCAUCGGCGGCGGCAUCUCCGGCCUUAUCUGCGCUCUCUUCCUCGAGGCACGCGGCGUUCGCUCCACCGUGUUCGAUACCGGUAUUCACGGUCUUGGAGGAAGAUUGGGAACCAGAGUCGUCGAUCCUCAUCCGUUAAAAUUUGAUCAUGCGGCUCAGUUCUUUACUGUGAACGAUUCUCGCUUUGCUGAAAUCGUCAACGGUUGGAUGGAGAGGGGUUUGGUGCGUGAGUGGCAUGGUACCGUUGGAGAGCUUCACAAUGGUGGUGGAUUUGUUCCGUUUGUACCCUCUCCUCGGAGAUACGUAGCCACCAAUGGAAUGCGAUUCCUUGCUGAUUCUUUACUGUCUCAGGCUCGCUUGGUUAAUGUGGUGAGGCCAUGCUGGAUCAGUAAAUUGGAGCCGUUUAAUGGGUCCUGGCACUUGAGUGAAAAUGGCAAGCCUUGUGGCAAGUUCGAUACCAUUGUUAUCGCACACAAUGGAAAAUGUGCCAAUCGCUUGCUUAUGACAUCAGGAUUACCAUUAAUUGCGAAACAAAUGAAGAGGUUGGAGUUGAGUUCAAUAUGGGCCCUUCUAGCAGCUUUUGAGGACCCUCUCCCUUUUUCAGGAAGCACAGAAGUUCCUUUUGAAGGAGCUUUUGUGAGAGGAGUUGAUUCACUGUCAUGGAUGGCCAAUAAUACGAAGAAACUACUGAUUUCCCAGAGCGGUGGUCCUCACUGUUGGACAUUUCUGAGCACUGCUGCUUAUGGAAAACAGAAUAAGGUUCCACAGGAAAACAUCCCUUCUGCUACAGCGGCAAAGGUAAAGGCUGGAAUGCUAGAGGGUGUUGAAUCUGCCCUUGGACUAUCAAAAGGGUCCCUUCCAAAACCUUCGUAUACCAGGCUUCAACUAUGGGGUGCAGCUCUUCCAACUAAUACACCUGGAGUUCCUUGCAUCUUUGAUCCCUUUGGAAGGGCUGGGAUAUGUGGUGAUUGGCUGCUGGGUUCUAAUAUAGAGGCAGCUGUCUUAAGUGGAAUUGCUCUAGCGAACCAUAUUGCAGACUAUUUCCAAAGCCCCGGAACUAACCCUGAGGAGUUCGCUGUUGGUUUAAAUCAUGAGUUUCAACCACUGGAAGGUCAUGAUAUUGGACAAUUCCCUGGUUUGGGAUCAGAAGAAAAGAUGAAUGAAGGCCAAGCCUACGAACUUACCAAGUAGUCCACUGUGCUCGUGAAGGUCUCUCUCUUCUGGUAACAGAAAAUUCAUUUCAUAUAUCCAUGCAAAGGAAUACCCCAGAUAGCAUCGCUGGUUCGAACUGGGAGAUAAGACUGGAAAUUAGAUCUCUCCUUUGGGGGUCCUGAUCUCCCUCAACAGCCACAUGAUGAUAUGAAACGAAACAGAAUUGUAGUUUCUACAUCUCUUCUGAAGAAAGAGAUAGUGAAAUUGUUAUUUUAAUGGAAAGAAUAAAACUGUCCCUGAAUGAUUAUAAAUCCCUUUCUCAUAUCGGACAGAAAUAUAAUCUUUUUAUCUUUUUAAA